AUGGAGGGCAAACCAAGGAUAAUACAUCGCGAUAUAAAGAGUGAGAACAUUUUGUUGGAUGAGAAUCUAAAUGCGAAGGUUGCUGACUUUGGGCUCUCCAAAUUCCAGCCCACAAAUCAACAAGCGAGCACUAUUCAUACAAUUCAUCUUGCAGGCACAGAAUUUUAUAUAGAUCCAGAGUAUCAGACUUCAUUUAAGUAUAAAAAGGAAUCAGAUGUUUAUUCGUUUGGAGUGGUUUUAUUUGAGAUGCUAUCUGGAAGGUUGGCCUAUGAUCCAAUUUACACGGGGGAAAAUGACAAGGGGCUUGCACCCAUUGCAAGGCGACACUAUAAUGAGGGGACACUAAAGGAACUAAUAGAUCCUAGAAUGGUGGAAGAAGAUGAUGAACACAUUGUUAUCUUAAAUAGAGGACCCAAUCAAGAGUCUUUGGAAACAUUUUCAAGAAUCGCUUAUCAAUGUUUGGCGGAAACUCAAGCCAAGCGUCCGACAUUAGAAGCUGUUAUCAAAGAACUUCAGACUGCUUUAACCUUGCAAGAUUUAUAA